AUGAAGGCGCUGAGUGCAGACGGGGCCCGGGGCGGGGAGGGCUCGGGGCGGUUUAGAGGCCACCUCUGGACAUCCUGGCGGGCGGCGUGGACCAAGAAGGGGGCCGAGGACUCAGGCCGGGCCUGGAGCUCAGCCCAGCGCCUUCCUCCCAAGCAGGAAGCAGCACGGAAGGUCCUGGGGACGGAUGGCCUCUUCCUCUUUUCCUCCCUGGACACUGACCGGGACAUGUACAUCAGCCCGGAGGAGUUCAGACCCAUCGCUGAGAAGCUGACAGGGUCCACUCCGGCGGCCAGCUACGAGGAGGAGCCAGCCCCUGACCCCAGCGAGGAGACGCUCACCAUAGAAGCCCGAUUCCAGCCUCUGCUCCCAGAGACCAUGACCAAGAGCAAAGACGGGUUCCUGGGGGUCUCCCGCCUCCCCCUGUCGGGCCUCCGCAACUGGACAGCCGCAGCCUUGCCGCAUGCAGUGUUCGCAGCCCGCCACUUCCGGCCCUUCCUCCCACCCCCAGGCCAGGCGCUGGGCGAGCCCUGGUGGAUCAUCCCCAGCGAACUGAGCGUCUUCACGGGCUACCUGUCCAACAACCGCUUCUACCCGCCGCCCCCCAAGGGCAAGGAGGUCAUCAUCCACCGGCUCCUGAGCAUGUUCCACCCCCGGCCCUUCGUGAAGACCCGCUUUGCCCCUCAGGGGGCUGUGGCCUGCCUGACCGCCAUCAGCGACUUCUACUACACCGUGACGUUCCGGAUCCAUGCCGAGUUCCAGCUCAGUGAGCCCCCCGACUUCCCCUUCUGGUUCUCUCCUGGCCAGUUCACCGGCCACAUCAUCCUCUCCAAAGAUGCCACCCACGUCCGCGACUUCCGGCUCUUCGUGCCCAACCACAGGUCUCUGAACGUGGACAUGGAGUGGCUGUAUGGGGCCAGCGAGUCCAGCAACAUGGAGGUGGACAUCGGCUACAUACCCCAGAUGGAGCUAGAGGCCACAGGCCCCUCUGUGCCCUCCGUGGUCCUGGAUGAGGACGGCAAGGUGAUCGACAGCCGCCCGCCCUCGGGGGAGCCCCUACAGUUCGUGUUUGAGGAGAUCAGGUGGCAGCAGGAGCUGAGCUGGGAAGAGGCCACCCGGCGCCUGGAGGUGGCCAUGUACCCCUUCAAGAAGGUCACCUACCUGCCAUUCACGGAGGCCUUUGACCGAGCCCGGGCCGAGAACAAGCUGGUGCACUCCAUCCUGCUGUGGGGAGCCCUGGACGACCAGUCCUGCUGAGGUUCGGGGCGGACUCUCCGGGAGACGGUCCUGGAAAGUUCGCCCAUCCUGACACUUCUCAAUGAGAGCUUCAUCAGCACCUGGUCCCUUGUGAAGGAGCUGGAGGACCUGCAGAGCACCCCGGACAACCCGGCCCACCGGCGGCUGGCCAGCCUGCACCUGGAGAAGUACAGCUUCCCCGUGGAGAUGAUGAUCUGCCUGCCCAACGGCUCCGUGGUCCACCACAUCAACGCCAACUACUUCCUGGACAUCACCUCGCUGAAGCCCGAGGACAUCGAGAACAAUGUCUUCAGCUUCUCGUCCACCUUCGAAGACCCGUCCACGGCCACCUACAUGCAGUUCCUGAAGGAGGGCCUCCGGCGUGGCCUGCCUCUCCUCCAGCCCUAGCGUGCCCGCGGGCCUGGUAGUCCUCAGCCCCCUCCGAGUGCAACCCCCUCCCCCCGGGCUGUCAUGUGGAUGGCCUCGGACUCGGGGUGCCCAGCUCGGGGUCAUGAACCUUUAGCUCUGGCUGCCACCCUCAGCCUUCCCUACCCACCUGGCGCCAGAAGCCGAGACCUCCCGAACAGGACCUGGGGGACCCCAGUCACGUAGUGUAGGCCCCCGUGGGGAGACAGGGAGGAUUGGGCUCGGAGGACCGGGCUCUUUGCUCUCACACCCUUCCUGAAGAAGCAACAAGCCCGGCCUAGGGAGCAGGCCCCAAGGGCAGCACCCUGUCUGGCACCUGCCUUCCCGCCCUCCCAGGGCUGCCCUCGUUGGCCUGAGGUCCCCUCUGCUGGAGCCAGCCUGCUAGGGCUGCUGGUCAGAACCCCCGGCAGACAUGGAAGUCCUGCACCCUCUGCUGCUCCCCAGCUCUGGUCUCCCCAGACUGCUCACCAGACCUCACAUGGGACCCACAGCCACUUGGGGCCUGUCAGAGGUGCGCCGUCCGGCCACUUUACCGCGAGGCAGGCCUCAGCCCUCAGCAAGAGCCUGCUGAGGGUCGCCGAGGCCCGGGGCAGCACGCAGAUGGCUGGAGCCGCAUCCCCGCACACACCCUGCCCUGGGACCCCGACCCCACAGAAGCAUAGCCACUCCUGGGGCCUUGUCCACGCCCUGGGCCACUGACCAUGGCCAGUCUCUUUUCUACCUGCAGAAGAGUGUUUUUAUGUGAACUUUCUCACGGUUCGUAGCUAUUUUUUUACAACCCCACGCUGAGGAGGAAGAGGGGGCCGGGCUUCCCCGGCAGCAGCUCCAUGACUGCUGGCUCUGAAAUCCCUGUGGAGCCAGCUCGAUGCCCGCAGCUGCACGGCUGGAAGGCACCGUCCUCUCCCUCCCACCCAGCUUUUUAAAACCAGCCCUCAGAAGGCCGUCCGCCCUCGCUCCGCCGGGAGCACCCUUGCGCUCCCUUUCACUGAGCCCCCCAUCCUCCCCCUUUCCCCUCCCCCACUAGGGCUCACAUUAAACCUGCAGCCGAAGAAGGAAGGGGGACACUCCCAUCCGCUGAGCCCCUGCCCACCAUGGGGGCCCAGCCUCCUCAGCCAGGCUCACGUCUGUGUCCGUGUCCGGUGUGGUCAGGGCCCAGUAUUGUCCCAGCCCUCACAGGGACUGGAGGUGCUCACUGUCCCCAGUUUGCACAGGGAGAAACGAGUCUCAGGGAAGCACAGUGACUUAGCCAGGUUCCUCAGUGGUAGCUGAGAGUCAGACCCACUCUGCAUCUGCAUUUGGGGGCGUUGGCUGGACACUGCAGCCCUGCUGCUCCCCCUCCUGCCUUCUCUGAUGUGGAAAGGAAGUCUCUGGAGCCACACCAACUCACCCCUCUGAUCUCGGACCACAUGGGGCGUGCACCCACCAACUCGGCCAGGGGGUUCUGUCCUGGGGGGCAGCACUUCCAUGCCCCUCACAGAGAGGGAGGCUGGAGCCAGCACCGUCUGGCCAGGCAGGGAGGGCAGCAGAGAUGAAGCCUCGCCCGCAGGCUCUGCCCCCGGCCCCCACUGCAGGAGAGGUGGGGCUAGCUCCACACUGAGCAGCCGCCUGCCCUGUGAGAUGCUGAGCGCUUGGGUUUUCCGCCUACACCGGGUGCCUCCGCCGGCCCCCCACCAUUUCUUGGGGCCUAUGGUAAGGGGAGGGCCCCCAGCCGCCCUCUUCUCACCCCUCUGCCUCCUCUCUCACCUGUCCCCAGUAUGUCCUACAAUAAAAGUGAAGAACUAGCGUUGC